UUGUGAGACGGCUGCGUUGUGUCAGAAGCAGCAGAGGAAGGUGGCGGAGGAAGGGAAGGGGUCUGGUGCCCCACAAGGGCUGGAGAUGGGUCUGAGACUACAGAAAGGUUGCAAAGUUCCACGCAGCAAUUUAGCACCCCAGACUGUGCGGGAAUUACUGGAACAAAAAAGGCAACAGCAGGCGGUCCUUGGCCACAGCACUGGACCCCAGGUACCCCCAGGAGUUUUCGAAGUCAGCCAAACAGAGCCCCCCAGAGCAGUCAAGGGAAGAGGACCUACUCCAGGACAGACAGCCGCUCCCGAGUACCCGGCCGCGGCCUUUCCCACCUGGCAGCCAGACACCUCAAGCCAAGCCGCCUUCCCUGCCGACUGCCACUACCAGCCGGUGGACCCCACCAAGAACUACCUCCUCCCACCUCCAGGGCCCCAGUAUGGCAUCAUGAACCCCUUUACUUCUUUGGAAGCCGGUGUUUAUGGGCCAGGAGGACCUAGUCCCACCGAGGCAAUGUACGUUUCCAAGAUGGCGUCAGCGGUGGAUUAUGAGACGGCGGUCUCUGAAACUGGGCCUUUGGACCUCUUCCCCGCUCCUGGGGGCAUCUGCCUGCAGCAGGAACUGAACAACCCCUGCCUCCUUCCCGAGGAGAAUUUUCCGGCCUCAUCCCUGGAGGUGGAUCCAGGGGAACUGGCCCAAGCUCGGGCGGAGAUCCGGAAUACAGAGCUGCCUCUUCUGCUACAUCAAGAUGAGGAUGGAGACACGUUUCUGCAUCUAUAUGUGGCCAAAGGACACCGGCCACUGGCAUAUGCUACUGCUGAGGUAUUCCGGGAGUGUGGCCAGCUUGACGUCAAAGAGCACAGGGGGAAGACUCCGUUGCUAGUGGCGGCUGCAGCAAAUCAGCCUGGGAUCGUGAAGGACCUGAUUGUGCUGGGAGCGGAUGCCAAUGCUGCAGACCAGAAGGGGCAGACUGUGCUGCACCUUGGCGCCACCUAUGGGCUGCCCAGUGUCAUUGAGGCCGUCAUGGUGACUGGUGUCCCAGUCAAUGUCGAUGCCAGAAAUUUUGAAGGUCUGACCCCCUUGCAUUGCGCUGUCAUAGCUCACAAUGCCGCCUUCCAGUCCCAAAGCAUGGAUCCGUUGUCUCAGCAGCAGCUCCAGAACUUCCUGCUCUGUGUUCGCUUGCUCCUCGAACUCGGGGCCAACUACAAGAGCCAGGAACUGAAGAGCAGCAAAACCAUUCUGCAUUUGGCCGUCCAAGCUGCAAACCUGCCUUUGAUCCAGUUCCUUCUCCAGCUGCCCGAAGGAGAACUCCAGAACUUUGUCAAUAUGAAGGCCCACGGGAACACCGCCUUGCACAUGGCCGCUGGUCUGCAUGGGCACCCCUUUCAGGAGCAGAUUGUGCGCUUCCUGCUGCAUCACUGGGCUGAUCCCAGUGCGCGGAACCUGGAGAACGAACAACCAGUUCACCUGUUGGCACCAGGCCCAGCGACAGAACAGCUACGCCUGUUGCUUAGGAGCCGCCGUUUGGGCCCUGGACCAGCUCAUCUCCCCUCUUUCCCAUGAAGACCUCCUGUUAAGCUACACUCCUCAGCAGAAGACCGUCUCUUUUUCAGCCGCCCAGGAAGUGAAGGAGUGUCAAUUGGGGGGGGGCGUUGUUGUUUAUAUUGUUUUAUCUUAUUUGACAAGGAAACUUUGCCUUGUGCUGCCUGUAUUUAACUAACUUAUUGGAUAGGGAGGGUUGUGUGCCUGACUUUCCUUGCUGAUGCCGGCCAGUAGUCUAUCCCCAGUGACGCCGGAUUAUCUCCCACUACAGGUGAUCCACUGCAAUGCUGGCAGUGUGGAGGGCUUUGCCUUCUCCACUGUCACUGGAUCCGUGCAGCCUCAGGCUAGUGAGCAGGCAGGGAACAAAGGUAUUCUUUCACCACUACCCAGCACCACUGGGCUCACCCUCAUCAGCAAGGAAACGGUUGAGGCUCUGAGUGUGAAUCCUGUCGACCAGCUGCUUCCCCCACUGGAGUUCUAAGUGCUCCUGUUUGGUAUCCUUGCAUGCAAGGGAGGGGGAGGCAGCUGCCAGGUUUGCCCCUCUCUAUCUAUCCUCUUAGCU